AUGGCACUUGUGAGCAGUGAAGUCUUGAGUCAGAAUUGGUAUACAGGGAAGGAUCGUUCUAUGUUGCCAACCAACUAUUCAGAAUGGGGGAGUGCUGCAAUACUAAUGACCAGUCGAGAUCAGGAAAAAGAAGAAAGCGCAGAAGCUGACAAUGAAAACAACGUAGGGGUGUCCAUAUCAAAGAACACCACGAAUGUAGCAGAAGCAUUAAAAGCAAACAUGGUUUUGUUAUGUCCCAUGGUCUUGCCAUUGACAGAACAAUUUCGUUAUGGGUUGUCCUUAGUGUUACAGAAAAUGAAGAUUUUGGACAAGAAAAGCAUCUAUAUACCAGAUUUCAGAAAAGGGUUCGAGCAUUCCUGCACCCAGAUCUCAAAAAUGACCCUGCAUAGAUUUGGGAAUACUUCAUCUUCCACAUGGUAUGAACCAAGUUAA